GCUAAUAGCAUUAAAACUUUGUUGCCUGAUAGUAAUAUAAAAUCAAAACCAAAAUCAAGCCACAAGGAUCAGAAUACAGACAGCAAGUUUUGAUCAUGACAUUAUUUCUGCAUUAUUUGUUUCAUUGUAAGUUGUAACAUCGUCUGGGUAAGCCAUCGGCGUCGAUGUUAACAUCACGCAAAUGGCGCAAGUUAACCCUGUUACAAGGUGUUUUUUUUUUUAUUUUUGUUCAGUGUAAAGCUGACUAUAUAAACACGCGAUUAAUUUCGGUUUGAUGUCAACAAAUUUAGCAAAAAUAAUUAUUAACAUGGGCUUGUGAUCCUCAAUUUUGAUGUAAGCAAACCCUUGAUUUUGUUCAAAAAAUUAAAACCCGUCAUCCAUUCACAAACCCUAGAUCAUUAUUCUCUUCUACAAAUUUUGAAAACGCUUUUUUUUUUUCACACCCAUUUGUAACUGAUAUAUCUAUAUAUAUUAGCGUCCAUUUCAAAUUUUCAACAGUGAAUCGCUACUUGAUUUGUGGAAACAUAUUGCAUUGAUUUUUCUUCUCGUUUCCGUAUUUGCCCAAUCUAUCUUUCCGUGUUUGCCCAAUCUAUUUGAAAUUCUGAUUCAAGGGAGCUUUGAUUCAGUGAAAUUCAGAGGUGCCCAAGAAGUUGGGGCCAAAUCGGUGAAUUGGGUGUUCAUCCGUUUCUAGUUUUAGCGAUUAUUUACUGUUGAAUUGUUGAAUCACUGACUUGCACAAAUCAAAGAAACAGGGGGUGUGAAUAAGAGGAAGAUGAGAGGGGUGCUUUUGAUUUUAGGGAGACAAUGACUGGAGGGUGGUCGGGGAUCCGGUCUGGUAGUUAUGGGUCAUUGGAUAAACAGUUGCAAAUCUACGGCAACGGUGUACUACCAGUCCAGACGACAACACGCAGUAAACCUCCAAAAAUGCUCAAGGAGAAGGAAAGAUUGUUCCAUUGGAUCUGCAAGUUUGCCGGUCGCAGGAAGGUUGGGAUGCUGCUUCUUUGUAUAGUCUCGGCCGCAGUUUUUGUCUGGGUUUUGUAUGUAGGGAAAGGUGAAGAUUCACAGGAUGGUGAUCGCAUUAAUAUUGUGCUCAAUAAUGGCAGUUCGUUUAUAACUUAUCUCAGUGUUUCACAAACAAACAGAGAGCAAACUAAUAGCGUGGACAGCAAAACUUCUAUUAUCAGAAAAGCCUUUGAAAAUUUUGCUUUAUCCCCUCCUCCUCCUCAAUAUUUUAUCGGGUACACUCUUCCACAGGGGCAUCUAUGUAAUAAUUUUACUGUACCGCCACCUCCAGCAGAUAAAAAGAGAACUGGACCACGCCCAUGUCCUGUAUGCUACCUACCUGUGGACGAAGCCAUUGCCUUAAUGCCAGAGGCUUCAUCAUUUUCUCCUGUGCUUAAAAAUCUUACUUAUAUCUAUGAGGAGAAGUUAAAUAGAGAGACAGAAUUUGGGGGCUCAGAGUUUGGUGGAUAUCCUUCUUUGAGCCAAAGAAGUGAUUCUUAUGAUAUAAGAGAGUCAAUGAGCGUGCACUGUGGAUUUGUCAAAGGAAUUAAACCUGGUCACCAGACUGGAUUUGACAUGGAUGAUUCUGACCUUCUUGAGAUGGAGCAGUGCCGUGGUGUGGUUGUUGCAUCGGCAAUAUUUGGAGCUUUUGAUUUGAUACAGCAGCCUAGUAAUAUCAGUGAAUAUUCCAAGAAGACCGUCUGUUUCUUCAUGUUUGUGGAUGAAGAAACAGAAGCAUAUUUGAAGAACAAUAGUGGGUUGGACAACAAGAAGAGAGUUGACCUGUGGAGACUUGUUGUUGUUCAUAAUCUUCCUUACACAGAUGGAAGACGCAAUGGCAAGAUUCCGAAGCUUCUUGUGCAUAGGAUGUUUCCUAAUGCCCGCUAUUCCCUAUGGAUUGAUGGAAAACUGGAGCUUGUUGUUGAUCCAUAUCAAAUUCUUGAAAGGUUCCUCUGGAGAAAAAAUGCAACUUUUGCGAUUUCUAAACAUUAUAAACGCUUUGAUGUGUUUAUUGAAGCUGAGGCAAAUAAAGCAGCUGCAAAAUAUGAUAAUGCUUCUAUUGACUUCCAAAUUGAGUUUUACAAAAAAGAGGGCUUGACACCUUACUCUGAGUCUAAGUUGCCCAUUACUAGUGAUGUUCCUGAGGGAUGUAUUAUAAUAAGGGAGCAUGUCCCCAUCAGCAACCUUUUUACAUGUCUUUGGUUCAACGAAGUCGAUCGCUUCACUUCCCGAGACCAAAUUAGUUUUUCCACUGUGAGGGACAAGAUUAGGGCUAAGACUAAUUGGACUGUCAAUAUGUUCUUGGACUGCGAAAGGCGCAACGUUGUCGUUCAGAAAUACCAUAGAGACGUAUUAGAACGCCUGAGAGCACCCGCCAUUCAUCCCUCUCCAUUACCACCAGUUUUGGUUAAUGCAUUGCCAGUGAAAUUGUCAGCUGAUACUUCCCCCGAAAGGGCUGGACCGCCUCCUCCUCCUGCCCGGAAGCUCCCCAGGCGUGUUAGGGAUAGGAAGUCUGGCUCAAGGCGCCACCGAAAAAUUGUUGCUGGUGCCACUGAUUCCGGUUAAAAAAUUUAUGAGACCCGGGUAUCAUUCUUUUUCCUUCCCCUUCUUUUCCAAAUUAUUCAUUGCGGGGACGAAACAUACGUGCAAGAAGAGGAGCGUCGGAGUUCUGUUUCUAUAGGAACACAAUCUCAAUUUUUAUAAGUUGGGGCAUCUGUCAAUUAUGGUUCAAUUUUUUGUUGUAUAUAUUUUCAUUCCAAUAAACAACACAUGGUUUGCCAGAAUCCUUAUUAUGGGGAAAACAAGCCAUUGUUGUAGCAACUGUUGUAUCCGAACCUCACUUGUCUAAUACCUAUAUUUCAAGUUUAAACAUCA